CUGAGAAAUAAAGAAAAAGAAACCAGCAAGAGGGAGAGAGACACAGGGGAGAACCUCCAUUAUCUCUCAAAAAGUAAAAGCCUGUGUUGAAUCGAAGAAAGCAAAACCCUAAAAACCGUGUCUCUGUCUCUGUGAAUCUGGUGUUUUCCUUGCCUUGUUAUUUUUGCCUCUGAUCCCUAUAAGAAGGAAAAUCAUGGCCAACGCAGCAUCUGGUAUGGCAGUGCAUGAUGACUGCAAGCUGAAAUUUUUGGAGCUGAAGGCUAAAAGAACUUACCGCUUCAUAGUUUAUAAGAUUGAGGAAAAGCAAAAGCAGGUUAUUGUGGAAAAGCUUGGUGAGCCUGCCCAAAGUUAUGAAGAUUUUACCGCAAGCCUCCCUGCCGAUGAGUGUCGCUUUGCUGUUUAUGAUUUUGAUUUUGUGACUGCAGAGAAUGUCCAGAAGAGCAGAAUUUUCUUCAUUGCAUGGUCUCCCGACACAUCAAGGGUGAGAAGCAAGAUGAUUUAUGCUAGUUCUAAGGACAGGUUCAAGAGAGAACUAGAUGGCAUUCAGGUAGAGUUGCAGGCAACCGAUCCAACUGAAAUGGGUCUCGAUGUCAUUAGAAGCCGUGCCAGCUAAAUACAAGUCUCCCAAUUUCGCGGUGGAGUUUGAUGCACUCUACAUCUGAGCGAAAUGCUUAUGGCUUGUGGCAAUGAACCCGACUGAAUUAUGAGAUUGGUUUGUUUGUUUGAGUUUUACCCUUCAGUCCUCUUCUAGAACCGAUCUGGUGAUUCUGGUUCUAUUUCUAUGAUCCGUCAUGUAAUGAACUUAUGGGAUGUGUGUUUCCUUAUAGCUAUGUUUGCAAUCUAUGGUGUAUCAUCAUAUGAUGGUAGUGAAACCAGGAUUUGUUUCUACAACUCUGCGAAUGGAUGUUUGACUCUUUCUUA